AUGGUUAUCAAUCCAACAUAUCUCGCGCAAAGGACGCGCCAAUCUGUCAAUUGGCACGAUGCGCAGAGGAGGGUCUUGAAGAAUUACCGGGAGUGGAUUCGUGCUGCACCGGAGAUUCAAACGAUGUACUCGCUCAGUAUACCAGUGGCUCAAUUACGAAAUAAGAUGCGGCAGGAGUUUGAGAGGCAUCGAUACGUCAAUCAGAUUGGGGUUGUGGAUGUGUUGUUAUUCCAGAGUCACAGCGAGUUCCAGGAGACACUCAAUUACUGGAAACAACUACCACAUAUUCUGAAGUAUUUCCGAUCAGACGAAGAUCCAAACUCAAAACUGCCACAGAAUUUCAUGUCUGGUUUCUUAGAGGGUCGCAACUGA